AUGGCAUUAGUCAAGCUGAGGGUCGCCUUGCUUGAUAGUACUAGCUCCAGCAGCGACUGUGACAUGGAUAGUGCUUGCGUGCCCACGAAUAAAAUUGUUUCUUGUGAUCUGUUUUUCUGUCCUAUCAGUGAAUGGAGCAGGGGUUACAAACGAUUGUUUCGGCGAACUGCCCUUGAAGCAUCAGACUUUCUCAAAGACGAUUGUCUGAAGAUAAAUUGCACUGUGGGAGUUGUUGUGUCAACUAUUGAUUACUCCAGACCACACUCUAUCCAUGUUCCAGACUCAGACAUCGGCUAUGAUUUUGGUUCACUGUUGGACAGUCAGGAGGGUGUUGAUGUCAUUCUUAAUGUGGGAGGAGAGAGGUUUCAUGCCCAUAAGUUGGUGUUGGCUGCACGGUCUCCUGUAUUCAAUUCUCUAUUUUUUGACGAUGAAUCUGAUGGAGAGAAGAGUGAGGUUACUGAGACUGAUGAACUAAAGAGUUCUCUAUUGAUGAUAUGGAGCCAAAGGUUUUCAAGGCAAUGCUUCAUUUCAUCUAUAGAGAUACCCUUGUUGAUGAUAAUGAAUUGGCUUAAAGCUGGGAAUGGAGAAGACAUUUUUACGCACAAUGGCAGAUGGAACUUCAACAAUAAGAGGCUCAUUACAGCUAGCAGUGUCGAGAAAUGGGCAGUGGUCAACUUUUCUGCACGAUGCAAUGUCAGGGAUCUUGUCCAAGAUCUCAUCCAUUGUGGAGGCACGAUGCAUUCUUGCCCAUGA